GUUUUGUUCAAGUCUCAGUUACAAAAGAAUGGAGUAGAGCAUCAGUUACGACGAGAAAUAGAAAUCCAGUCUCACCUAAAGCAUCCUAACAUUCUUCAACUGUACAAUUAUUUCUAUGACGAUACAAGAAUUUUUCUGAUUUUGGAGUUUGCUGCUAGAGGUGAGCUGUUUAAAGAACUUCAGAAAUGUGGAAAAUUUGAUGACAAGCGAGCUGCUACUUACAUAGCACAGCUCUGUCAUGCUCUCCUUUACUGUCAUGAGAAAAAAGUCAUCCACAGGGAUAUCAAGCCUGAAAACUUGCUGCUAGGACUGAAUGGCGAACUCAAAAUAGCUGACUUUGGAUGGUCUGUUCAUGCCCCUUCAUCUAGACGAGCUACAAUGUGUGGUACUCUUGAUUACUUACCCCCAGAAAUGAUCGAGAACAAGACGUAUAACGAGAAAGUUGACCUCUGGAGUUUGGGCAUCUUAUGCUAUGAGUUUCUUGUGGGAAAACCACCUUUUGAAAUGGAAAAUGUAAACGAUACAUACAGGCGGAUUAUUAAGGUAGAUCUUCACUUUCCCAACCAUGUUUCUGAGGGAGCUAAAGAUCUCAUAAGAAAG